UGGGUGGGUUUGCCGAGUCCGUCAUGGCGUCACCGCGGUUGGAGACGUUCUGCUGCUCGAACCGUGACGCGGCCACCGAGCUGGUGGUCACCUUCCAGCCGUUGCUGUUCGGAAUCGUGACGGUGGCCAGCGCGGCCACGAGCGUUCUGUUGACCGUGCUGCAGCUCCUGCCCAAGAAGAAAGGCUACAGGAGGCUCGGACACUACCCGCUGCCCAGACCCGCGUCUUCAUCGCGGAUACUUUUCAUCAUCAGCCUGUGCGACAUUUUGGGAUGCACGGGCAUCAUUUUGAGGUCUUCUCUGUGGGUGGGCCUACCCAACACGGUGGAACAGAUCUCCGAGGCCAACAGCACCGAACUUUGGCCGGACGUCUUGUGCCUCGGCAGUGCGAUGUGGAUCCAGUUGUUCUACAGCGCUUCGUUUUGGUGGACUUUUUGCUAUGCCGUCGACGUCUUCCUGGUGGUCAAGACGUCUGCUGGAAUUAGCACCAUUAUCCUGUACCACAUGAUCACAUGGGGUCUGGCUUUGCUGCUGUGUAUUGAGGGCGUGGCCAUGCUCUACUACCCCUCCAUUUCCAACUGUGAACAAGGCUUCCAGCACGCCAUCCCUCACUACGUCACCACAUACGCACCCAUGCUGUUGGUCUUCGUUGCCAACCCAAUAUUCUUCAACCGGACCACAUCCGCAGUGACAUCGUUGCUAAAAGGACGUCAAGGAAUCUACACAGAAAACGAGCGGCGGCUGGCUAGCGCCAUAAAAAUACGAUUCUUUAAAAUCAUGCUGGUGUUCUUUAUAUGCUGGAUUCCCAACAUCAUCAACGAGUGCCUCCUCUUCUACCUGGAGAUGCAGGGGAACAUCGAUGACAGCAGCCUCAGGAAUAUCAGAAAUGCUGCCCUCAUCACGUGGUUUAUUAUGGGGAUACUGAACCCCAUGCAGGCCUUCCUCAACACGCUGGCCUUCCACGGCUGGACGGGUUUCGACGUGGACCUGAACCCGUGCGGGAGGCGGGAGAUGGCCUGGGAGUCGGCCUCCACCUCAGUGGCCAACGCGGAGAGGCACAACACCAUGGUGGGCACGGCCCUGCUCUACCAGAGUCACGUGCAGGAGGCCAAGAAAAACAUGAACGGCAACGGGCAGCUGCAGUCCGACGCCAUCAGCGUCCUCUCAGAAGGUUCAGAAUCUAGCACAGUUGAAAUCCACAUAUCCAGCGAGCUCCCAGACUAUGGCGAUAUAGAUGCUGAUGAAGAAUCCUUGGGGACGUCAGGGAAGCACUAGCCAACAUCACAUCGCACUUAACUACUGCUGGUAAAAAUAAAAAAACAAAAAAAAAAAAAAAGGAAAAAAAAACCUGUAGAACUCUUUAGUCUGUAGACACGACUCAUUUUCUAAUUCCCUUGUGUGGCCACUCACAGUAACCUUGAGAACAUGAUAAAUGUGAUGUCCUCCACAGUGACUCAAAAUUAAGAGUUUAAGGUCUUUUCUACUUUUUAAAAUGUGUUUUGUGAUGUGACUAUAUUGCCCCUCCCAAUCUUGUAUUUUUGCACUUUUAUUGUUAUUAAAUAUCAAUCCUAGUUCUUA